AUGGCGGAGCUAAUUAGCGCCCCAGCUGCUGCGCGCGCACGAGGCCGCCUGCGAGCGCGCACGGGGCCCGCUUCAAUUGAUGCGCUCUCCGGUGCCGUAAAUCAACGCGGCGAGCCCGAAGCGGCGGCGGCGGCGGUGAGGAGGUGUGUGGCGGUGGAUAAGGGGGGGACGUUUUUCAGCGCGACACCAGCUGCACCCAGGACGCUUCAUUUACACCCCAACGUGUUGGAGAGAGGCGCACUCGCACUCAUUACGGCCGCGCGCUGCUUUACGGCCCUCCCUGCGCGCCUCUAA